UUUUGUCACUACCUCUGUAACUUUAGCGAUGCAUCAUAGUUUUUGGAAGAGAAGUUAUGGAUGUUAACUUCUUUAUUAAGAGGAACACAACGUUUCGGAGUAUAUACUUACUCCUUCAUCAGGACAUCUCUAUCUUCCACAAUGAAGCUGUGGACUGUCGUCAUGGUGAUGCUGCUGCUGGAAGGGACAUACAGAGUCUCCGCGGAGUGUUCACUGGAGUUCUUCGAUGUAUUUGUACACAAGGACAACGGGGAGGUUUGUGGACGAACCAAACUGAAGUAUCCCCUGGGAAAGAACGAUGACAUGGACACCUGCGACACCACCGUCACAUGCAGCGGCAACAACGAGCUCCAGUUCUGCAGGAGCUUCCCUACUGAGUGUGUCCGCGUACUGCCUCACUGUGACUAUGCCCUGAUUGAGUUCGGUUUGAACGUGGAUGCGUCUGAUUGUAUGAUAGAACGCAACACGCACAUGAGGAAGGUACUAGAGAGUAUGUACAAGCUGAACUACGCCCAGAAACAUCCCCCGGACCUCACGACAUUGUCCGAGGAAGAGCUUGAAGCUGAGCUCAGGAGGGUCAUCGCGGCCCGAAAUGCACAAGGGCUUCGCUGAAGAACAUACACACGGACCAUAGGUUGUGUUCGCAUGCCACGGGCGGACAGCCACAUCUUCAAUUAAUAUAAAAUCGAUAUUUAUGUUUUUGAAAUAAUUUCGAUCUUGGCAGGCAAGAAGGCAUUUACAAGAUGUCAUUCAAGUGACUUUGAUUACCAAAAAGUAUAUUUCAGUUUUAAAACGUUUGAUUCUGAGAAAUCCCGUAAAUGAUAGUUUUGAAAUACCGUCGAGGGUUAUUGGUUGUAGGGCUUUGUGAACACACAUCUGUGGUCCGACCUGUGUGUUGUAGAGUACAGAUCUGACAUCAUGCUUGUGUCCAGUGGCAUUUGAGAACAACUGGUUAUACUGUCGACUUCGGUUGUCUCGAAAUGUUGAAUUCAAAGUCUAGUCACGGACUAGUUAAUAAACUACUACCUGAAUAUCGAGAGAAAAAACAAUAACUGAAACAAUUCUGAAAUCUUCAAGGUCGACUGUUUUGGUGUGUUUUUUUAACUUUUGCUUAUGUUUAACUCGCUAAGCUUGUUUUCUUUGACGGCAAUGUUAUAUAUCAUAAAAUACAUACACAAUGACUAUUUUACUUAACUGCACAGGGUUCUCAUGAGACAUAAGUUGAAUAAUCGGUCAUGUCUGUACCUUAUAAGAUGGCAAUAAAAAGCUUUGA